CAAAGCCGCGUAACGUUUCUCCGUAAUACAUGAGGAUUAUUUUUUUGGUAAUAUACUUAUUAACCAAAUUAUAUUAAAAUUUGUUAUUAUUGUUCAUCCGAAAAACGUUAAAAUUUGCCGCACUUCCUAAUAUGACUAGAUCAAAAAUAGAAUUAGGAGAUGUAACACCACAUAAUAUAAAACAACUCAAACUUCUAAACCAAGUGGUAUUUCCAGUCUCAUACAAUGAAAAGUUCUACAAGGAUGUUUUAGAAGCUGGAGAACUUGCAAAACUUGCAUACUAUAAUGAUAUAGUGGUUGGUGCAGUUUGUUGUCGAGUAGAUACUUCUGAAAAUUCCAGGCGUUUGUAUAUUAUGACAUUGGGAUGCCUUUAUCCCUAUAGAAGGUUAGGAAUAGGCACUGUAAUGGUACAACAUGUUUUAAAUUAUGUUAAUAAAGAUGGAAAUUUCGAUUCCAUUUUCCUUCAUGUUCAAAUAAGUAAUGAAGGAGCUAUUGACUUUUAUAAAAAAUUUGGAUUUGAAAUAGUAGAAACAAAGGAACACUAUUAUAAGAGAAUAGAACCGGCAGAUGCUCAUGUAUUGCAAAAAACUUUACGUCCUAAAACAAAUCAAACAAAUAAUCAACAAAGUAAUCAAUAA